GGAGAUAGAGAGAGAGAGUGACGAGGUCGAUGUACUGAGAUUAGAGAGAGAGAGAGAGGGCGAACAGGUGAAAGAUCUUCGUUUAUUUGUUUCCUACCAUCUCGUCUUGGUUUCUUUUUUUUGCCCCCUUCUCCUCUUCUCUGCCCAUCUCUCCCAAUCUACCCGCAUUCAUUCCUUGCUUCUCACUUUCCAAUUCACGAGAUCCCCAUCUCUUCAUUUCCUUACCCUUUCUUGUUCACACACUCUAUCUCUUUCAUAUCUCUCCGAUCUGCCAUCUUCAUUUUCCUCUCCCUCUUCUUCCUCUCCUAUUUCAUGUCUUCUUCUCUAAAGUCGCAAUCUUGCGCCAUCCUCUUCCGUUUCUGCGGCCAUUUCAGCUAGCAAGAGCCACGGGCUGCCAGCACUGCCGCAGAUCUAAGCGGAAACUACGAGGCUUUUUGGCGAGAUGUCCAGGUCGGAUUCUCAGAAACCCUUGUCGGCAGAGUCCAUCUCAGAUCGCUUCGACGCCGCACUUAGCUUCGAGGGUAACAAGCCCGAUGCCAAGAACUUCGAUCACCUCGACUCACCCGUCUCGCCCCUCCGUACCGGCGCUGCCGCCGCUCCCGCCACCAGCAGCAGCUCGAGCUCUUCUGGCUCGUUCUCCGGAAAGCCCUUACCCAAUGCCGCACUCUCCGCCACGAAAUCCGAUGACGUAGCAAGACGCAAUCACUCUGGCGAGCUUUCCGGGUCAAGUCACGGCAGCCCUAACCGUAGGCCGGUACAUCGUCGGUCCGGAUCUGGCCAGCUUGUCUUCUCCAGCUCGGCUAACUCUCCGGCAACCAAUGUCCUACCAGCAGGGAAUAUUUGUCCCUCCGGGAAGAUAGGAAAGACGGGGAUGAUGAGUCGAAGCACUGCGAGGAGCGAUGUGCUUGGAUCUGGUUCAGCGAAUUAUGGGCACGGGAGCAUAAUGAGGGGCGGCGCCGUUGGGGUUGGGGCGGAAAUGAGGAAUUUGAGGUCGAUGAGAGUGGAUCCAGAGGAGGUAACGAAAGCUGGAAACGAGCAUUACAAGAAGGGGCAGUUUGCUGAGGCGCUGACGUUCUAUGAUCGAGCUAUACAGAUCUAUCCUUGCAAUGCUGCUUGCUGGAAUAACAGGGCGGCAGCUCUCAUUGGGCUGGGAAGAUUGGGGGAGGCCGUGAAGGAUUGUGAGGAGGCCAUUCGGCUCAAUCCGAGUUAUGCCAAGGCUCACCAUAGGCUUGCUUGUUUACAUCUAAGGCUGGGGCUGGUUGAGCAUGCACAGCGGCACCUGUUUUUGGCCGGACCGCAGCCUGACCUUGCUGAGAUGCAGAAACUGCAGAUGGUGGAGAAACAUCUGGAAAGAUGCACUGAUGCUCGGAGGAUGGGGGACUGGAAGAGUGCUUUGAGGGAAGCAGAUGCUGCUGUUACAGCUGGCACAGACUCUUCACCUUUGCUGACAGCAUUGAGAGCGGAAGCUCUUCUUCAGCUCCACCACCUUGAAGAGGCUGAUUCAACUCUUUCAAUAGCAUCCCAACUAGCUGCCAAAUCGCCAUCUUUUUUCCAGAACAAGUUUCUUGGUAUGCUUUCAAGUUCCUAUAUCAGCUUUGUGCAGGCCCAAGUUGAAAUGGCUCUGGGAAGGUUUGAGCAAGCAGUUGCAUCAGCAGAGAAGGCCCGGCAGAUAGAUCCACAUAAUGCAGAAGUAUCAGUGCUGUGGGACAAAGUGAAAUCUGUGGCUAGGGCUCGCACCCAUGGUAAUGAGCUUUUCAAGUCUGGAAAUUUUGCUGAAGCCUGCACAGCUUAUGGAGAGGGACUCAAAUAUGAUCCCUCAAACCCAGUACUCCAUUGCAAUAGAGCGGCUUGCCGAUCUAAACUCGGGCAGUGGGAAAGGUCUCUGGAGGACUGCAAUGAGGCAUUAAGAAUUCAACCUAGGUACACCAAAGCCCUUCUUAGAAGAGCUGCUUCCAAUGCCAAGCUUGAGCGGUGGGUAGAAGCCGUUAGAGAUUAUGAAGUUUUGAGGAAGGAACUUCCUACUGACACUGAGGUGGCGGAAGCACUGUUUCAUUCUCAAGUUGCUUUGAAAAUGUCCCGAGGUGAGGAGGUUUCCAACAUGAAAUUUGGUGGUGAAGUUGAGCAAAUAACAGGUCUAGAGCAAUUACAGUCAGCGAUAGCUCUUCCAGGAGUGUCUGUUGUAUACUUCAUGGCUGCAUCUAAUCAUCAGUGUGUCCAAACAACCCAAUCGGUGGAUGCUCUCUGUAAGAGAUAUCCAUCUCUAAAUUUUCUCAAGGUGGAUGUGAAUGAGAGCCCAGCUGUUGCCAAGGCAGAGAAGGUAAGAAUUGUGCCAACUAUCAAGAUUUAUAGGAAUGGGGCCCAGGUAAAGGAGAUGAUCUGCCCCAGCUUGCAGGUUCUGGAGCUUUCGCUGAGGCAUUAUGGUAUCUAGCAUUGAAAUCCAGUGCUCUUGUAAACCCAUCCUUUCCAAUUCAUACAAAUCUCUGCUUUUGAUCGAAAACCAGCCACACAGUAAUCAAGUUAGCCAAAGACAACUAGAGAAGAAUCCAUUUUUUUCCAUAAUUUUUCUUUUCCCCAAUCUUGUUCAGAUCAUUUUACCAUAUUCUCUCUGCCUCCCCCUUAUUCCAUUCAUUGUAGUUCCAGUCUCAUCCAAAGAUUUCUGAUUAGCCUAGGAUACUCGAAUUUUAUUCAUGGCAACCUAUCAUUCUCUUGUGAAGAGCCUAAACGUGAUAUGUACUAUUACUCUAGAUUUUCAGGUUCAUUAUUUGUUGGGGAAGGAGAGAUGGUUGGUUUGGAUUUUUACAUGUAUAUACCAUAUUGAAAGCAUUAGAAGCCAUUGGUUUGAAUGGUCGGCGAGGGAUCAUAACUGAACUAUGAAGGAAUUUGCUUUUGGGGUGGUAGGGAAGAGAGACAUUUUGUUUUGUUACUUGUGCUACUGCUGCUAUAUCCUUUCCCUUCUCAUGAAUAAGAGACCAGGUAUUCUUUCAGGUGCACUUAAACUUGUAUUCUUCUUCUUGCAUUCUCCUCCUAUAUUUUGAGGACUUUGUUGUUUAAUGAUUUCACAGCCGUACAAUUCAACUCAUUUUUUUACUUCAUCAUUAGUAUCCUGUUAUA